AGCUGGGGAGAGGGGUGUUUUUGGUCCGUUGGAGAUGUCAGUCAGGGCCCAGGAGGAAAUUAGCAACGGCGAGCGAGUGCUAGGCGCGCGGAGCCGCCCUUGGCCGUGGGCCGCCGGGGCCUAAGGCGGGCGGGAUGGCGCGCGCGGGAACCGCACAACCUUGGAGCCCAUCCCGCUGCGGGCCGGGCCCUGACCGGGCGCAGAAGCUUCAGUCCGUCUGUGUCAGCUAGGUCCCAGCCGGCCGCGCCAGGCCUACAGGCUCUAGCUAGUGGGCGGGUAUCCAGUUCUGGCUGCGCAGCCCUCACUAUCCCCUCCCCCAUCCAGUUUGUGAGUACCUAGCUUCUAGGGCAAGUAGCCCCCUACCCCAAUAAUUAAUUUUUUCUCACGUAUUUCCUCUUAGCCAAAUGAUUUUCUUUUCGAAUUUUGCCACCAUCUUAUCAUCAUCUCCCCAGCACUCAUUUGGAGAAAUCAAGCCGUUAUCAGUUGCUUGGGCAACGCACAGCGCUGUACCUGGAACCUGAUAGCAGCUAGUGUUGUGUGUUUUAUAAAUUAACUCCCAUCUCCCUCUAAGGGAUUAAACUUGGCCUUCUUCCUCUAGAGACUUGGGCAAAUCCUUUAAAAGCUGCAGAGCUGUUGAUUGACAGGAUCAGAUAAGUACAUCUUAGAAUCAGGGUGUUCAGAGCUGAAAAAGAUCUUAAGUUCUAUCGAGUCCAUCCCUCGUUUCACAGCCAACACCCGGAGCAUAGUGUUGGUCAAGUUUCUGCACCUUCCAUGAUGAGGCUUCAGGGCUGCAGACACUUUUUGCCAUCGAACUGGCCGUUGUGCCAAGACUGCAGUGCCACUUUAUCCUGCUUUGGACAGUGUGUACACCAGAAGUGAUUACAUCAGGUUUACAGGACUUCUCAGGUUGACACUCCAGGCUAGUGUAGAACUAGUGGUGGACCUUACAUCAGGCUCCUGCGUGCAGGGACGACAGGUGUAUGCCACCUCGCCUGGCCACUAGUUCUUCCUUAACCUAGAUAUGUUUUAGAUAAGGGUACACGGCCACUGCCCGACCGAAGGUGGGACAGAUAGACAUGAAAUAGUUGAGAUGGUUGGGAUGCAGUUAGGAAGCAGUGAAACAUCAAGGGUGGUCGACAGGAAGACCCCCCCCACACACACACACUAGACUGUCAUAAAUGUCUUCUUCUAGCUAUAGGGUUUGCCAGCUGUUUUAAUAGGUGAAUUCCCUAAAAAGGUCGUAUUGUCUUGUUACAAAUAUGUUUUAAGCCUGCAGAAGUGAGCCAGAGAGCGAUACCUGACUGCGGUGACAGGGUAUUUUGCAAAGGAAUGCAAGUCUGGAUCACUUUCUUCCCAGUCUAGUCGGUGCUCUUUUGCAUUAUGUCUUGCUCCCCAGGAAGGGGGUAAGAGAAUCGCCUGUGGCUCAUUUAUUGGCGCCUGUGGUUGCCCAGAGAGGCCAAGCAGGACUUUCAGCUGCCCUCUAUGCCUUACAGAGUGGAGCUAUGUACUUCCACCCUAUCUCCUGAGGGGAAUGCAAAGGAGCCAGGCUGUCUAGCUGAGGAGGAGGGGCCCAAGUGGCUUGGCAGUAAAAUCUGCCAUGGCUGUGCUGCUGGGAAGUGUUGCAUAAUGCCUUCCCUACCACUGACCCAAAGUGAUUUAUUCCCUGCAAGCCGUUGGUGGUAUCUGACCAAUUUGUCCAUUUUUGAAGUAAGAGCUGGAGAAGAGUUGUAGAGCUGUAUUAUUAUAGAGGUCCCAUAGGAAAGCAGUACAGGUGUUCUUAUUUUGAUGAAUUGUAGUUCUGCACCACUUCCUGUUGCGCCCCCCACCCCCGUUCUGUUUGUUUAUUCCACAGAGCAUGCGCAUCUGAAUCCUUUGCCAGACAGCUAAAAAGAAAGGACUGCUCCAGUUGAUAGUUACCUGCACCAGCUAUGGAGUUAGAUCCCUGAUCUCCACUUCAUACCAUCUGUUUAGUUAGGUUCCUCAGUCAAGGCUUUUUCCCUUUAGGCUGUGGAGAUGGCUCCUCAGUUGAGAGCACGUACUACGUUUAUAGACAGCCCAGGUUUGGUUUCCAGCACCUGUGUGGCUCCUGACAACUUUCUCUAACUCCAGUUUCAGAGGCUCUGUUUCUUUCUGGUUUCCACAGGUUCCUGCAUACAUAUGGUGCGCCCGAACUCGUUCAAGUACACAUAUAUUAUGUUUUGCCAGGCAUGCUAGUGCACACCUUUUAGAUCCCAGCACUUGGGAGACAGAGGCAGGCACAUCUCUGUGAGUUCAAGGCUGGCUUGGUCUUCAUAGUAAGUUCCAGGACAGCCAGAGCUACACAGUGAGCCCUGCCUUACCAUUCCACAAAAAGGUGGAGGAAAAAGACAGUACUCAAAGCCAACAUGAAAUUUGAUUAUCAAUUUUAAUUGUACUUGGUUGUACUCUGGGGAUCAAACCUGGCAUCUUGUGAAUGCUAGAUAAGGCCUCUAUAUAUUAUAUCUCCAACCCUUUGUUAGGUUCCUGUCCUCAUUUUAUUGAACCCUUUUUCUUUUCUUUAAAAAAAUUAAUCUUAUUUAAGAAAAAUGUGUUUAUAUUAUUAAGGUUUUGAAAUUUUUAUAAUUAAUUGCUUUUGUAGUUACAGAUCAAAACCAAUAUCUUAUUCUGAAACACCAGGCUUUUUAGGCAGAGGAUCUUAUUCAGGCUAGGUUGAUAAUGUGUUCAUGGAGCUGUAAUUUUCUGGCAAAGGAAAUGGUAGUUUACUUAUACACAGAAGCUUAGUCACUUGCCUGCUGUGCUCUGGGUCUCUUCGAGUUUUGCCCUCUUUCACUUUCCCUGGUCUGUGAGUACCUUCUUUUGCCUUGGUUAGAAUACAGUCUUUAUAAUAAAUCAAGAAGAAUCUUGUCCUUUUUAUUUCUAAGUUGAUUUGGCUUUGUGCUUUAUCAGACAGAUGCAUGCAUGCACUCAUGCACACACUGAGUGGGAAGGCUGCUGCCUGCCCACAGACCAGGGCUCUAGACUGCCCUAUUGAAGGUUUCUAGAAUGUACCUGCCCUUUCCUGUGUCAUCCACAUCUCCUUCUCUAACAUUCUCUGCGAGUGGGUUCCUGGCAGGUUUUAUCUCUGCCUGUAUUUUCCAAUUUGGCAGUUCCUGUAUCAUUUUUAGACACUAUGGAAAUAAAUUUAAAGGGGUAUAAGAAUAAAUGCUUCUUUUUUCUAGAUACUUUUCACCAAAAAGUUUGGAAAUAAUGUGACCCUUCCUCGUCUCUAACCACUCUACCAGUGCAUUAGUUUAGUUCAUUUCUGUUCCUUUUCUUUGAGGAGUGUGUGUCUGUUUAUAUGUGGAUAUGAGGUCAAAGGCUGACCUUGGGUGUCUUUCUCACUGAACGUGGAGCUCACUGAUUGAUCUAACCUGGCUAGCCAGUGAGCUCUGGGGAUUUCCCUGUGUGUGCAGGCGCGCGCGCGCGCGCGCGUGUGUGUGUGUGUGUGUGUGUGUGUGUGUGUGUGUGUGUGUGUGUGUGUGUGUGUGUACAGCACCGUUGAGGACAGGAAGAAGGUGUCAGAUCCCUGGAGCUGCCAUUACAGACACCUAUAAGCUUCCUGACAUGGUACUGUGGAUAUUGGGAAUGAAGCUCAGGUCCUCUGGAAGAACAUCUUAACUGCUGAACCAUCUGCCCAGAGCCACAAUGGAUACUGCUAGCCAUAGCCUUGUGCUUCUGCAGCAGCUGAACAUGCAGCGAGAAUUUGGUUUUCUGUGUGACUGCACAGUUGCUAUUGGAGACGUUUACUUCAAAGCCCACCGAGCAGUACUUGCUGCUUUUUCUAACUAUUUCAAGAUGAUUUUUAUUCACCAAACAAGUGAAUGCAUAAAAAUACAGCCAGCUGACAUCCAGCCCGAUAUAUUCAGCUACUUGUUGCAUAUUAUGUACACAGGAAAAGGGCCAAAACAGAUUGUGGAUCAUAGUCGUUUGGAGGAAGGGAUCCGAUUCCUUCAUGCUGACUACCUUUCUCACAUUGCAACUGAAAUGAAUCAAGUGUUCUCACCAGAGACUGUGCAGACAUCAAAUUUGUAUGGUAUUCAGAUUUCAACAACCCAGAAAACAGCUGUCAAACAAGGGCUGGAGAUCAAAGACACUCCUCCCAGUAGCAGUGGAAAUAGAGCUGCUGCCCCAGGUGACCACCCCCAGCUGCAGCUUUCCCUUGCAAUUGGACUAGAUGAUGGUGGUGCGGAGCAGCAAAGGGCCCAUCCUGCUGCCCAGGCCCUGGAGGAGCACCAGAAGCCCCCAGUGACCAUCAAACAGGAGAGAUGUGAUCCAGAGUCUGUGAUCUCCCAAAGCCACUCCUCGUCCUCAUCAGAGGUGACUGGCUCCUCUUUUACAGAAAACAGUGUCAAAGUCCACUUAUGCCAUUACUGUGGGGAGCGUUUUGAGUCCCGAAGUAACCUGAGACAGCACCUCCAUACCCAUGUGUCUGGAUCUCUCCCGUUUGGUGUCCCUGCUUCCAUUUUGGAAAGUAAUGACCUUGGUGAAGUGCAUCCACUUAGUGGCAGCAGUGAAGCUCUUGAGUGCCGGAGGCUCGGCUCCUUCCUUGCCGAGGAGGAUGGGCAGCAGCCGCGUCCGCCUGAGCACUCAGGCCGGGGCCCCUCAGAGCCCUUGCAGAUCAGCCAAGUGUCUGUGAUCUCCAAAGACACAGAGCCGGUGGAGUUAAACUGUAAUUUUUCUUUUUCAAGGAAAAGAAAAAUCAGUUGUACCAUUUGUGGUCAUAAAUUUCUUCGAAAGAGCCAGUUACUGGAACACAUGUAUACACACAAAGGUAAAUCCUACAGAUACAACCGAUGCCAAAGGUUUGGAAAUUCAUUGGCCCAGAGGUUUCAGCAGUAUUGUGACAGCUGGCCCGAUGUCUCCUUAAAAACCUCUCGCUUGUCACAAGAACAUUUAGACUUGCCUUGUGCCUUAGAGUCAGAGAUGACACAAGCAGGUGUGGACACCAUCCUUGUUGAGUAGCACCGUCUCCUUUAGAAUUUUUAUACCAAUCUUGGAAGAGAUUCACAUGCCAUUUCUAAUUCAUAAGUUAGUUACCUCCUAGUGGUCUUUUGACUUAAAGUAAUCUGUCACUAGUUUUGAGGUUGUACACACCAGUUCUCACCACAGACAUGGCUAUAAACAUAACCUUCAAAGUAUCCUAUGAGCUUUUUUAUAAAUUAAAUCAUUAUUUGAAAAUCAGAAGUUAAUGUAGAAACUUUAGAGUGAGUGAUUAUUUAUAAAAUCUCUUUGUUUUUCCAGGUUGUAGGGUCAGUAAAAUGAACUUGAAUAUGAAGCAGAUGAGAUCUGUUUUAAAGAGUAUUUUAAAGACUGGAAAUGAAGCUGCUCUAUAGAGUGCUUGCCUAGCAUGUGUGAGGCCCUAGGUUCAGUGUCCAGCACACAUUCACAUGCUCACACACAAACACACUUCUAAACUGUCACUUGUGUCUUAUGUUUCAUAUGAAUUAUGUUCUUAGGAAAAUGAUUUUUAAAUAUUUUCUGCCAUAUAGGAAAUCAAUAGUUAUUUUAAUGUAUAACUAUAUAUAGAAAAUAAUCAGUUAUUUUAAUGUAUAACUAUAUAAUGUAUAAAAAGUUUGCUUUGUUUCAAGACAUGGCUAUACCAAAUCAAGAGUAGUUUUAACUGUAUUUACUAGCAUUCCAACCUCCUACAUGGCCUUUUAUUUACUAAACAUCAAGUAUACCUCAUUUUUAAUAAAACUAUCUCAGCUAAAAAAGGAAGGAUAGGAGAAGUCAGUGGUAAAGAAGUCUUGAACAGAGAAACAGAGCAUUGACAUAAAUGGAGCACAGCUGCGGGUCUGUGUGAGCUAACCUCGGCUAACCUCGGUAGGAGUAGGCAGAUCUACAGUGUGUUCUUAGAGACUUUCAGAUGUUUAUACCAAGAGGUUCACCUAGGUUUGAAGAGGAAAGUCAUAAGAUACACAUCGUCUCCCUGACUUAAUGUCACACACUUGUCAAGGCUGCCUGGGUUGAUGGUAGUUUUCUGAAAGUCACUCCUGAAGGUAAUUUUACAGUGGCGUGACUUUCACUUUUCUGUUAGUAAAACCAGUGGAGUGGAUGCCUUAAGUGUUCCAGGCCUAUUUUAAACCCAUGCUGGCAGCUCUCCUUUUGUGAAUAUACUCACUUCCCUUUUAUAGUGGUGACACUUAGAAACUUAAAACUCCAGGAAAAUGGAUGUUGUUGGACUAAGUGAUGCAUUUUCUGUACCUAACAAGUCGUCCAUCAAAUUUCAUUGUUUCUUAAGUGUUAUUUAAACUUGAAUUCUGUUCUCAAGGAUCAGAAGGCAAGAGAGACGUAGAACAGCCCCUCUCCCUCCCCUCUUAAAGUCUAAGCCUCACAGACAUGUAAAGAACAUUUGAGUUGAUCUUGACACACACACACACACACACACACACACACACACACACACACACACACCCUCACCCUCCUCUCAGAUUGUAAACUAGAGUCCUGCUAUGUUACCAGGUUGGCCUUAAAAUCUUGGACACAAGCAGUUUUCUGCUUGAGCUUCCCAGGUGGCCAGGACCAUGGGGCAUGUGCUGUCUUUCAGAUACCUCAAUGUGUCCAUUUAAUUUCGACACAAUGCUAACCCCACUCAGGUGCAUACCUCUGAAGACAUUUAAGAGUUCACCUCCUCUGUCUGUCAGCAGGUCAGAGUGACUCAGCUAAUUCUGAAACAAAAGUUUAUUUUGUUUUGUUUUGUUUUGUUUUUUCUGGGUAAAUGGUGAGUUCAGUUGAAUAACAAAGUUUCAGAGAUGGUGGCUUGGGCCUUUAAUCCCAGAACUUGUGAGGCUGAUUGCUGAGUUCGAGGCCAUCCUGAUUUAUAUGGUGUGCUCCAGACCAGUUAGAGUGUCAUAGUGAGACCUUCUCUCAGACAGAACAGACACACCCAGAUACCACUCCAAAACAAAGUAGUUUUAACAUUUUUGAGACAUUCUUGCUAUUCAGCCCAGGCUAGACUUGAACUCACAUUGUUUUCUCCCUGCCUCCUACCACUGGCGUCAUGGGCUGUAUGUAGGCCCGGCCAGCCGUCAGACUGGUAACUUUCAGGGGCUAAGUGAAGUACCCAACUGGGCACUGUUCUAAGGUAACUGAAUUUCUGAUUAGAGAAUUAGCCUCUGGGAUCAAGACUGAUACGUAUUUUGAGAGCAAAACCUAGCAAGUGGUAGAACGGAUUGUAUUGGGGGUGGUUAAACUAGUGUGCUGUUAUGGGGGGGGGGGUCAUAAUUACAUAUUAUCUUAAACUUAAGUCCUCAAAGCAGUUACCCGGUUACAGCACCCUCAGUGAUUUAAUCUUACAGAAACACGAAUGCUGACUUCACGUAUUUGAGGUUAUUUAGGAUAUAUUCCCUACCUUUAACUUUUUGAGGGAUAGAGUUAUAUCUCAAUAUAUUUAUAAUGAGAUAAGGGGUUUUUUGAGAUAGAGCCUGGGCUGGCCUUAGACUCACAACAUAGCUGAAGUUGGCCUUCAGCUCCUGAUCUGCCUGCCUCCACCCCCAAGCCCUGGUGUUACAGUAUAGGUGCGCCCUCCUCACAUCAGGCUCCUCUAGCCUUCUCAAAGUAAAACUUUACUCUUCAGCUUUUCUAGUCCUCCCUGCAUACCAAGUCUGACCCACAAAGCCCUUAUUAGGGUGGGAGUGGAGACAUGCUUUCAGGGUAGGUGAGUGGGUACAGUAGCUCAAGACAAUCCAGAGAAGUGCUAAAGGAGUUUGCCAACGGCUGGUGGCCAUGUUAGACACCAGGCACUGUCUGUUUAAAGUGGAACUAUAUAUAUGAAGGUCUCAAAGAGUUAAUAAAAAAUGUAUCAGUAAAUAAAAUACCUAGUAAAUACCUAGAGCCUGGGGAAAUGGCUCUGUGAGUAACGUGAUUACUGUUUAUGCAUUUGAACCUGACAUAGGUGUGGUAAGGUCCAGUGCUGGUUGGGGAGCAGAGACAGGAAGAUAUCAGGGGCGCUCAGGCCAGCCAGCCUUACAGAAAGAGCAAGCUCCAAGUUCACUGAGACUCCGAGGCAGAGAUCGAUUGAAGGAGAAAGUGAUUGAUUGAGUCAGUCUUUAGUCGAAACAUGUACCCACAUGGGUGCACACGCAUGCACAUACAUACUCCUCACAUACAAAACUAACGAGUGGAACUCUAUUGCUAGGGAGCUUCAAAAAUAUUGGUUCACCUGGUGCCCGUUAUUAAAGUUCUUUAGCACUGAGACUUCACCUGAUUCCUGUUAUUCAUAAAGUUAUUUUUAUACUGAGAACUAAAAAGACAGAAUGCUGGGUCUUGCCUGUCUAAUCCCAGCUGUCAGUAGACCAAGGCAGGCUUGUAAAUUCAGGACUAACCUGGAGCUAGAUGGCAAGACCGGUCUCAAGAGAAACAGCAACAAACAAGCAAACAAAAAAACAAAAUUUUCUCAGUCUUCAAUAAUGUUUUGUUUUAGGAAGUAGAGAUGUGUGUUUCAUUUAAUAGAAAAAGUUCCCUAAAGCUAAUUUCUACUGAGGCAUGUAGGAAGUGGUGUGGGACUGCUGUUGCUUUGUUUUGAUUUUUAAGAAAGAUAUAUUUACCUUUAUGGUAUGUGUUAGGGUGUUCUGCCUCCAUGCGUUUCUGUGCACAGCAUGUACACCGUAAUUGUGGAGGCCAGAAAGGGCAUCAGAAUCUUUAGAAUUCAUGUGGGUGCUGGAACUGAACCAGGUUCUCUGCAAGAGCAGCAAGUACCCCAAAUCACCAGUCCUCUCUCCAGCUCAUUUGGGUUUCUUUGAGAUUGGGUCUUACUGUAUGGCCCACGCCAGCCUGAGACUUGAAACAAUCCUGUAUCCACCUCCUAAGUGCCUAGGGUAACAGGCAUACACUAUAACACUUACAGCCUGGGCAGUUUUGGUUUUGGUUUUAAGACAUGAUUCUUCAUUGUGGGGGGGAAAGUAUUCAUAUUUUAAAAGGUUUUCCAGGAACAACCUUUACUUUCUGUCACAUCUGCAAAAUGGAGCUCCCCUCCCCCACUCUCUAGCUGUGUUUUGUGAAAUGGUUGCCGAGUUGAACCAGGAGUUGCCAUAUGUACUUUGUUGCCAGAUGUCGCCCUCUUGUGUUGAGGUGUAGCCUGCUGGGUACCGUUUUAAAGGCCUGGUAAAACAAGCUCAAUUCCCGUCACUCGUCUGUGUACUAGGCAGAUACUAGAUAGGUCUUUUCUGCUUGGGCCAGCUUUAACUCUUCCCUUGCUUUUAGAUCCUACGUGUAGAUGUUUUCUGGAGAAAAGCAGAGGCCGUUUCCACAUUUGUUCUUGGUAGGAGCACUCAGUGAGUGCCGUCUGCCUUUUUUUACUAUAUAGAGUGGUUACUCAUUCCUUCCGGGUAAGGUGGGUGUCAACAGCGCCUACCUCACAGGGGUGUUGUGGGGCUUUGUUCUAAAAUGGUUAGUGUGCUGAAGAAAAACCAACACGAGGAAGCAGUGCCACGGCUGGCCCUAUUCAGUAUUCCAUCCAGUAGAUUCUAGAACAUGCUUGCAGCACCCGUGCACUACUUAAUAAACAGUUCAUCGAGAAGACUAGUUUUUCCCAAAAUGCGCCAGAAAUAGGAGUGCUGCUUGAGUUCUACUCUUCUGUAGUAUUUCUCACUACUGUUCAGCAAGGUAGAUAGGAUUUAGCAUUGUUGGAAAUAAAAUAUGCUAAUUCUAGCUAAUGACAUUUACUCCAAAUACAUUAUUUUCAUAAAAGGAAGAAAGAAAAUAAAAAUCCCAUCGUUUCUUGGAUGAAGACGGUCUAAGUAGUAAAGAGGGAUGGGACUGGAAUGAUUAUCCGUAGGAACUCACUAAUGUUCUCUUGAAGUAAAGCUGGACCACUUUCUCUGAACACUGAAGGAAAUGCCUGCUAGUCACGAAGGGAGAGCAAGCUGGAAAGCGGACAGACAGUUCCUGAGCCUGUUUGCACAGACCGAGUCUUGAUACUGAAACUAGGAUUCCUGAAGAAUACUUGAUAGGUAUUUUUGUGGUAACUGUGCUAAAAAUAGUUGAUGUGGAAAAUUUUUACAGUGUAACUUGUGUCUUUUAGUAUACUUAAACUAAAUAUGUCUGUGGUGUUUCAUUAAUAAAUUGUUAAGUUCCUAGGAGUGAACUCUGUAAACACUAA